AUGACACAUAGAGAAAAGGAGCUAGACGAAGCUUUCAAAGAAACUAAAUGUUUCUUCCCUGUGGUAGUUAAAGGGUUAAUGAGUGUGGUGAAUGAGGAAGCAACAACUCCAGAAGAAGUGUUAGAGAUUCUAGAAGAUUUCAAGGAGUUGACUGCAGAUGAAUUGCCGAAUGACCUGCCUCCUAUGCGAGAUAUUCAACAUCAUAUUGACUUGAUUCCAGGUUCUAGCUUACCAAACCUUCCCCACUAUCGUAUGAGCCCGAAGGAGAAUGAGAUUUUAAGGGAACAGAUUGAGGAUUUGCUGAAGAAAGGGUUUAUUCGUGAGAUCAUGAGCCCAUGCGCAGUGCCAGUCCUUCUUGUUCCUAAGAAAGGUAACCAAUGGCAAAUGUGUGUUGAUAGUAGAGCUAUUAACAAGAUAACCAUCAAGUAUCGAUUUCCUAUCCCUCGACUAGAAGACAUGCUUGAUGAGUUGGCGGGUUCUAAGGUAUUUUCAAAGAUAGAUCUUCGUAGUGGAUAUCAUCAAAUUCGAAUCAGGCCUGGAGAUGAAUGGAAGACAGCUUUUAAGAGCAAAGAUGGAUUGUAUGAAUGGUUGGUGAUGCCUUUUGGGUUGUCAAAUGCUCCUAGUACUUUCAUGAGAUUGAUGAACCAGAUUCUUCGACCAUUCGCUGGUUCUUUUGUGGUUGUUUACUUUGAUGAUAUUUUAAUUUACAGCAAGACCAAAGAAGAGCACUUGGAUCAUUUGAAGCAGGUUUUGCAAGUCUUACAAGAAAACCAGUUGUACGUUAAUCUGAAGAAGUGUACAUUCUGUACCAACAAGCUGGUAUUUCUAGGAUUUGUUGUUGGUGAAGAAGGGAUUCAGGUUGAUGAGGAGAAAGUGAGAGCUAUUAGGGAUUGGCCUGCCCCUAAAUCAGUCACUGAGUGUUUGAAGAAAGGGAAAUUCUUUUGGGGGUCUGAACAAGACAAGAGUUUUGCUUUAAUUAAGGAGAAGCUAUGUACUGCACCAGUCUUAGGCAUUGUCCUGAACUUUGAUAAAGUGUUCCAAGUUGAAUGUGAUGCUAGUGGAGUUGGAAUAGGUGCUGUCUUAUCUCAAGAGAAAAGACCAAUAGCUUUCUUUAGUGAGAAGUUAAGUGAGGCUCGCCAAAGAUGGAGUACUUAUGAUCAAGAGUUUUAUGCAGUAUUUAGAGCUCUAAGACAGUGGGAGCAUUACUUGAUUCAGAGAGAGUUUAUCUUGUUCACUGACCACCAAGCUCUGAAGUUCCUUCAUAGUCAGAAAGUGAUAAACAAGAUGCAUGCUCGAUGGGUAAGCUUUCUGCAAAAGUUUCCAUUCAUUAUUCAGCAUAAGGUCUGGGACUUCCUUACUCAUUACCUUGACACAUGA